UCGUACAACCUUAACACAGCUGGGGAAAUGGAGAGAAGAAAAGAGAGCUGAGGGAUAAAAAUGCCCUUCCAGCCAGUACCUAUUCCUGGCUUUUCCUGUUGACCUCUUCUAUAAUAUCCGUAGCUUCAGUAGGAUUAAAUUCACGUUCUGGGUGACCUUUCUUCACCUUGAGUAAACAAGGGGAAAAACAAAAGAAAGCUGAGGAGUCAACCUAUCCUCCGUCUCCUCGUCUAAGGGACUGUGAGAAAAGUUCGGCGUUUGGCAUGGUGAGCCUGAAGCAGUUGUGCCUGUUGCAACAGAGCAGGCUUAUGUUUUAAACCACCUUAUUGUAACUUGAGGAGAAAGGACAUCCGUGGCUGAUGUAUUCCUAGACAACCUCUCACUCCUUGCAGUAGUAGUUCUGAAUGCCGUAGCUUAAGCAGUUCUCUCGGAUUUCCAGCCAAGUGGAGAUAGCCGAAGAAUUUCUUUUUAAUGUAUUUAUCCAUUCACGUUUUAACCAUCCGAUCCUUUCCUCUGGAUUCUGUUUCCUCACUGGAGCUGUCCCAAAGCAUAGUGGAAUUGUGUUCAAUUAAAUCAAAGGCAUUUUGGAAAGUAAUAUUCACGCUGUUUGGUGGAAGACAAGAAGGACAUCAGACUUGAAUGCUGGCUGAAAAGAACCUUCAACUUUGAACUGUGCAGCCGAAAGGUGAGGCCACCUCCUUUUCUGGAUCUCCACUCGCUCUCCUGUUUUUAGAGCAUGGGUUAAUAACAUUCAACCAUGGUGGUCACCCAGUUGAAAUUGGAGUUGUGUUUCCAUGGAAAGAAACUCAGAGGUUUCACCUGUAAGUUCAUCAGAUCAGCCAGUGGAUUACUUCCAGAAACAGCUAUCUCCAUUGCAUCACAGAUCUUUGGGCCAUUCAUCCUGGCAGGUCUGGGCAUGGUCUUUGCUGGUUUGUUAAUGGAUCUGAUUCAACACUGGACAGUGUUUAAGACAAUCACAGAAAUAUUUAUCCUGAUUCCAGCCCUGGUUGGCUUAAAGGGCAACCUGGAAAUGACUCUGGCCUCGAGACUUUCUACGGCUGCUAAUACCGGAAGAAUGGAUGAUACACAGGAACAGUGGAAAAUGGCUACCUGUAAUUUGGCCUUGAUUCAGGUUCAGGCCACAGUGGUGGGACUCCUGGCAGCUAUAGCGGCAGUCUUUCUGGGUGCUUUGUCCAAGGGGUAUGUGGAGCUGAACCAAGCCGCUGUGUUGUGUGCUAGCAGUUUGACAACUGCCUUCAUAGCUGCCCUCUCACUUGGUUUGGUGAUGAUUGGUGUGAUCCUUGGGGCAAGAAAAGUGGGGAUCAACCCUGACAAUGUUGCCACUCCCAUAGCUGCGAGCCUUGGAGACCUGAUUACCCUUUCCUUGCUGGCUGGAAUCAGCAGCACCCUCUUCAAGUACAUUGAUGUGAGAUACCUUUCCCCCAUGAUCUGUGCCAUCUUCAUUGUUAUGAUUCCUUUGUGGAUUGCAAUUGCCAGGCAAAGUCCACCCAUCGCCGAAGUCUUAAAGUCUGGAUGGCAACCAGUCAUUGUUGCAAUGGCCAUCAGCAGCCUUGGAGGGCUUAUCUUGGACAAAACAAUAACGGACCCAAACUUUCAAGGCAUGGCUGUUUUCACUCCUGUGAUCAACGGCGUUGGUGGCAAUCUGGUAGCUAUCCAGGCCAGUCGUAUCUCCACAUUUCUGCACUUCUGGAGCAUGCCUGGAGUCCUGCCCCACAAGAUGAGGCAGCACUGGCCCAACCCAUGUACUACCUUCUUCACUUCAGGAGUAAAUUCAAAGUCUGCACGGGUCCUGCUCCUGCUGGUGAUCCCAGGGCAUCUGGUGUUUCUCUACACCAUCCAUGUCUUUCAGGCAGGCCACACGACACUCACCGUCACUUUUGUGGUAUUUUACCUGAUGGCUGCUGUCUUGCAGGUGGGGAUUCUGCUGUACUUGGCUGACCUUCUUGUGCGGCUGAUGUGGAGAAAGAGCUUGGAUCCAGACAACUUUUCGAUCCCUUACCUCACUGCUCUGGGAGAUCUCCUGGGCACUGGGUUCCUGGCACUUUGCUUCCGCUCUGUUUGGCUGCUCAAUGAAUUGAAGCCAAAAUUGGGAGACUAAAGGAGACUUCUGCUACAAGGUUGACCUGCCUGCUACUCUGCAAGCAAAACAAUCACUAUGGUGCUUUUGACACGGUCCAACAGGGUACUGAAAAUAGGACACCCAGGUCCUUAAACUGGAGUGGAUUGGAUACCCUUGCCCCAUUGAUCUCAAUUCAAUAUAUCUGUGAAGUCUGGAAGAUAUCUGCCAAUGAAGUAGCACGGACUGCAGUGCUUGAAAAGACACACUUUGCUCCAGCCUGCAUUUCAACUGGUUAAGAGGUGUUAUUUCAAUGGCCGGGUUGGAAAAGCCCCCUGACAUGAAUGGGAGGCUAUCCACUGAUCUCAGUGGGGUUUAAAUUGUAUCCUAGAUGAGGAUGUUGCACUGUCUCUGCCGGGCAUCAGCUGGCAGUCAGAGAGGGCAUUUUACUGUCUGCUUUUCUUCCUUAUGCUCUCACAGAGAAAGAGGGAGAGAGUCCGGGGUUCUUCACAUUGUGCACCCAACACCAAGGAAACCAGACCCUGCACUACAGUAGCUCAGACUCUGCUUGACAAUACUUCAUGCAUAGUCAUAACAACACACACAGCAAUCAGUGUACUGUACUUUGCAUUAGAUUUCUCUGUGUGAUUUUCUUUAAUUCUUGGGGGCUUGUUUGUGGUUGUUUUUACUUGCAGAAUUUUGAUAUUGUUAAGAUUGUGACACUGAGAGCCAAGUAUAAGUUAGAAAAGAUCAGGAGGAUAUAAUUGGAAGCAAAGGUGAGAUAGUCAAUGGCCAAAACUGAAUAUUGGAGCCUUUUGCUAUUGUCUGUUUUUCAAGCAUUUUACAUCUGCAUGCCAUUUUAUCCAGAGCAACUUCUUACAGAAACAAGUACCUCAUUCUGGUCUUUAGGCAUAUCUGUCUGGUCCAAAUUAGAAGCUGAGAACCACACCCACCUCCAUUCUCAGAAAGAAGCUUUCUGUUUGCACUGGAUAUCCAUUAAUUGUUUUGAGUAAGUAAAAUACAAAUGUUCUGUGUUCAAAUGACAGUGAAGAUGGAAGUGCCAGACUUUUAGGGUGAAGGCAACUGAACUUCUUGUCAUUCUCAUUCUGGUAAAAACCACUUGCAGAACACGGACAUCUUUGUGCAUAAAUACUAGUACAGAAUACAUGCUUCAUGGAGAGAAUUCUAUGCAUUAUAUUCUGAAGGCCCUCCUACAGGUAGAAAUGGGUUUUCCUUAUGGACUAUUCUAGGUGGAUUUCACUGUCUAUAGAACAAGCCUUUUUUUUUUAACUUUCAGCUCUUUAGGAAUUCUAUACCAGGGAAGAACUGUUCACGGUUGUCUUGAAUCAUUGAAAAUCAGAUGAGUUUUCUUCUGGACACAGAGCUGAAAGCCCCAUUCUGGCCAAAAGCAGGAAGACAGAAGGGUCAGAAUUUGCUACACCCUCAAGCGGCAAGUUUGAUCAAAACUGUGUUCUCUCCCCCUCAUUUUUGUUAUACAGUUUCAAAUCUGAGGGCUUUUUAUGGACACAUAUGAAAUAAAAUGCAAAAAUUGUUA